AUGUCAUCCUCCACAUUCAACUCCAUACUCUCAUCCCUUCCACGUCGUCUAACAGACCUCGAAACCUUCCAACUUCCAAGGUUGGUAUCGUGUAGAGGGCCAUUGGACCUGCACAAGGAGCUUGUAGAUGAGAUGCGAGGUGACUUGGAAGGGGUCAAAUACAACCUAGAUUUGGCCAAAGAGAUAUCAUAUUCCCUACCGCACAACGAACAAGAAGAUGCUCAGAGUAGAGUACAUGAAUUAGAACAGCAAUAUCUAUCUAUCAAGCGAUCCUUCCGUCAGGGAAUGUUAGAUUCCAAACGGAAUAUCUUAUCUAAACGAUCCAGAGUACACGAGCUAUCAGAGAAGAGUAAUAGGAGGUAUGAAUUGGAUGAAAGUAGGAUAGGAGAUGAGGAUAUACCAAAAGGUAAAGGGAAAGCUAGGAGUGCAGCUGAAUUUGGAAUGGACAGAGACGACGAACUUCAGACAAAGACCAACGAGGUGACUGUAGCAUUAAGACGAACGACGGAAUUGAUGCAAACCGAAUUGGAGAAAUCGGUAUUAUCAAUCCAGACAUUAGAAUCAUCCACUCAAACCCUUCUUUCCACUUCAUCCCUAUACGAUCGGUACACCUCCCUCCUCGACCUCUCAGGCCAAUUGGUAAAAGCAAUCGAAAAAGCAGAUUUCCUCGAUCGAAUUAUCAUCUUCUCCGCUCUAGGGUUCUUCUUCCUGGUCGUUGGAUUUAUACUCAAACGACGUAUAUUGGAUAAGACUGUUGGUGUGGUCGUGGGAGGUGUAGGAAGGGGUGUGGGGUGGUAUCUAUUUGGAACGGGACGAUUGAUCAAAUAUGCUUUCAAAGGUAGACAGAACGGCAGUGGUUUGGUGGAUAUCGAAAAGGGUCUAGGAUCAGAAGAGGUCAAUCAGUUGUUGGAGAAGGGAAAUGUGAUCAAUCAAGAUUCAGCUAUAGGUGGACAAUCGCUCGAGCAUGAUAUGGAAUUGGCUGAUCCUCCUAUGGAAGGGGCAAUACCAAGCCAGGUAUAUGAUGCUAGUAAACCGCCUAGUGGGAAGUAUGGUAAAAUAGAGGUCAUACACAAUGAUGAGAAUGGUAGAAUUCAACCAAGUUGGGUGAAAGAUGAGUUGUGA